AUGAACACCUUCCUCGAGCUCGAGCCCUUCUCCACUCCUCUCUUUGAAAUCCCCGACGAUGCCGAUUUUGAGUACACAUCCAUGCUCGCCGCUGACGACUUCUCCCUCAUGGACGGCGACUUUCUUGCUGACCAGCCGCCGGCGCCGGCGGAGGUGGUGGCAGGCGGAGGUGAUGCCAGUGGGAAGCGGAGUUUCCAUGCCAACGACGGCGAGGCCAUGUGUGUCGUGUCCCGGUCGUCUAAGAGAAGGAAGAAGGCGCCAACGAAUUCGACCUCGCCGUCCAACCGCGACGGCAGCGGCGGCGGCGGCGGCGGCGAGGGGAAUGAGCCGACGGCGGAAAGGCGAGGUAGCCGGCGGGUGUGGGUGCGGGAGCGUAGCACGGAGUGGUGGGACCGCAUGAGGGACCCGGCGGCUUGCCCGGAGGCGGACUUCCGGCGAGCCUUCCGCAUGCCGCGCGCGGUGUUCGACAAGCUCUGCGACGACCUGGCCGCCGCCGUCGCCAAGGUGGACACCACGCUCCGCUCCGCCAUCCCCGUGCCGCAGCGCGUCGCCGUCUGCCUCUGGCGCCUCGCCACCGGCGACCCACUCCGCGAGGUGUCCCGCCGCUUUGGCCUCGGCAUCUCCACCUGCCACAACAUCAUCGUCCAGGUCUGCGCCGCCAUCACCGCCGUCCUCCUCACCAGGGUUGUCCGGUGGCCGGACUCCCACGCCGCCGCCGCGUCCAGGUUCCAGGCCUUGUCUUGGAUCCCUGGAGUCGUCGGCGCCGUGCACACCGAGCACUUCCGCAUCGUCGCGCCGAGGGAGCACGCCGGCAAGUACUACGACCACCGCCUCACCGGCCGGAACAACAAGGCCACCUACUCCGUCGCCAUGCAGGCCGUCGUGGACGCCGACGGCGCCUUCACCGACGUCUGCAUCGGCCACCCCGGCUCGCUGUCCGACGCUGCCAUCCUCGCGAAGUCGGCUCUGUACGCCCGGUGCGAGGCUGGGCUUCUGCUCGGCCACGACAAGCUCGGGUGGCAACAGCCGCUGUGGCUCGUCGGCGGCGCGAGCUACCCGCUGACGAGCUGGAUGCUGGUGCCGUACACGCAGCCGAACCUGACGUGGGCGCAGGACAGGCUCAACGCGCGGGUGGCCGACGCGCGCGCGGCGGCGGUGGGUGCGUUCCGGCGGCUCAGGGCGCGGUGGCAGUGCCUGCGGCGCGCCGAGGUGAAGCUGCCGGAGCUAGCCAACAUGCUGGGCGCCUGCUGCGUGCUGCACAACCUCUGCGAGCGCAGCGGCCAUGGGCUCGAUGCCGACCUCCUCGAUCUCCUGGACGACGAGCUCGUCGACGACGGAGUGGUCGCCGGUGGCGGCAAUACAGUGCGCUCCCCCGCCGCCGAACAGGUGAGAGACAGGAUCGCGCACGGUCUCCUAGACCAAUACGUCGGGAAUGCUUCUUUGAGUGGCUAG